UUGGUGAUCAUCAAAGGAUGGGGCAACGAUAUUGGUGUUGACCACUUUCUUUUGUCUUCAGCUCGCGGGAUCAUUUUAUGUCGUUAUGGCUGCUCUAAAAAGCUCGCCCUUGAACGAUGCGUCUGUCAUGAGGCCGACCGGUAUAUAUCUGCCCAAGGCAUCUUCAUCCGUGGCAUCACGAAGCGCGCGACAGGGCCGGGCAUGCUCCUUGCUGAUUGGUGUUAUUGCCGUUUGGACACUUCACUUCCUCUGCACCGGAGACAUCACUUCCGCGCUAUUGAUCACCAGUGGUGCGGCUCAAUCAAUUCAUAACGACCAAAAACCCGCUUCGGCCAGCGGCAAUUUUCGCUGGUCCGAUGUUGGGCCAAGUAGGACAUUGCAGUAUACACCCUGCUUCGGAUCUUAUCAAUGCGCGCGCCUAUCUGUUCCGUUGAACUGGAAUGCUUCAAUAGAGGAACAGGAAGCAAGCCCAAGGGCAGCCAUUGCGAUUAUCAAAUUGCCCGCGAAGGUGCCAGUAACAGAUUCCCGGUACGGCGGGCCCAUCCUGAUGAACCCAGGCGGGCCUGGCGAGUCAGGGGUCUAUCAAGUCGCCUUUGAGGGACAGCAUCUUCAGACCGUUGUUGACAGUCAUAUAGAUCCGCUAGAGGAUACAACUUCAAGUGCCGAGUCUGGAAAAUAUUUCGAUGUCAUUGGCUUCGACCCGCGCGGAGUGAAUAAUACGACCCCCAGGCUGCGGUGCUUCCCAGAUGCCUUUAACCAGCAGGCUUGGCUGCUGCGAUAUCUUGACUUUGGUCUCUUGUGGUCUAGCGAAAGUGUCGUUGGGUACGAGUGGGCACGGGCUUCUGCCCUAGGAGCGAGCUGCGCGCGUGAGGAGGCGGAUGGAGGAAUUUUGCGCUAUGCGAACACCGCACAGGUAGCCGGCGAUAUGGUGCAAAUUGUUGAGAAGGAAGGCGAAUGGAGGGCUGCUGAGGCCGCGAGGAUCCUCGAGAAACUUGACAUCAGGGAUGAGGGUCUUGAUGAGAUCAUGGAGCGCACUGCUUAUCGUGCAGGCCAGGAGAAGCUCCAAUAUUGGGGAAAGAGCUACGGAACAGUCAUCGGUGCGACGGUCUCUGCUUUAUAUCCGGAGCGAGUCAAAAGAGUAAUCCUUGACGGUGUCGUGGAUCCGGCCGACCACUACUCAGGCGGCUGGCUGACACAACUUCUCGAUUCCGACAAGAUUGUAUCCAAAUUUAGUUUCUCGCCGUCUGAUAUCGAGUCCCGCUUUACGUCGAUCUUGCUCUCGCUCAAAAAGAACCCCAUCCCCGUCAUGCUUCCACCAUCCAGUGUCAAGAACUCAGGACCGGAAUUGGUGACCUAUGGCGACGCACAUCUGUACCUGCUCAGCUCGAUGUAUUUCACAUUUUCGACAACAGAGAUGUUCUGGGACAUGCUGAUAGCCCUGGAAAGUCGUGAUACGACGUCUCCAACACUGCUCGAUCUGGUCGCACAGAAACAGGCAAGACUGAGUCCGGCCGAAUGUGAUGGUGGCGACGACGUUGAGGUGCCUUAUCCCUGCGUACCAUACAACUCCAUGCUCGGCCCCAACCAGGUCAUUGGCUGCAUGGAUACGGGCGGCUCUACAAACAUGACGCAAGAUGGCUACAAGGAGUAUCUGGCCCUUCUGGAGGCGCAGAGCCGGUGGAUUAGCCCUAGUUGGGCACGCAAUAAGUUAGGUUGUCUAGGGUAUGCGGUACAGCCUGCAUGGAGACCAGACCUGACCUUUGAAACACAAAAGUGGGACAAUACUUCACACCCACUCCUGAUCAUCAGUAACACGCACGAUCCUGUUACCCCUAUUAGAAACGGGCGCAGGGUGUCUACUAUAUUCCCCGGCAGCGUGGUAUUACAACAGGAUUCUGAAGGACAUUGUUCCCAUUCCAACCCAUCCUUCUGUACGGCGCGGUCGAUCCGGGAGUACUUUCAAACCGGGGAGUUGCCGCGAGAAGGCACCGUAUGCCAGCCUGAGGUCAAGCCUUUCGUGGGAUGCAUAAAGGAAGGAGGAUGUGAUUUCGAAAAAGUAGAAGAGCAGAGGUUGUGGGAGAGCUUGGUGGAUAUGGCUGAUCCAUUCGGAUUGAGGAGAAAGAAUGUCACGACAAAGGCGUCGACACAUUUUGAGGCAUGGUCUCAUCUCGUCAGCCAUAAAGGUCUACAUACCUAAGCACGUCUCAUUAAGAUACUUACACUAACUAGAAACUUAUCCGGUAUACUCGAUAUUAUUUUAUUUCAUCGAGUAACCCCGUAGCAGUUCUAAGCGUCGCGCCGAAUCCGACGGUCU